AUGGUCACAUGACGAUGUUGUGGGUAUAUUACUCCAAAUGUCUGCGCUUGUUCGCUUCUAUAGAGCUCUGCAGCACUGAGAGAGAGACAGUUUCAGUGCAUGCUUCAGUGUUUCACUCUACCUGAAAGUUUAAUUUAAUGCAGGUUUGAUGACACUUUGACAGCUGAGAGAAAGCCUGGAGUUACAGCCUCAAUACGCAACUUUUUGAGGGGAAUUAUGAGAAACGUGGAGCUGUGACUUUUUAUUUUUUCAAUUUCCAGUUGACAGUUGACAAGGAGGAGAUGGAGAACAAGGCCAUGUAUCUGAGCACGUACGAGGAGAGAGAGAGCGGCUCCAUGUAUGAAGAGGCCUACGAUGGACAAAACUUGUCCAAACUCAACCUGUGUGAUGAAGGUUCUGGUAAGCGUCGCAGGAAGCAGGAUCAGUGCUGCUCUCACCUGAACUCCCUCUCAGCCAUCAAGUACGCCAUCGUCUCCCUCUACAUCCUGGUUCUUCUCACUAUCUUCGGACUCUGCCUGGCAGUCUCUCGCUCCCAGGUGUCUUCCCAGCGGCAGGAGGUGUUGAUGGAGAACGUGACCCGGAUGUCGGAGCGCUCUCGGCUGCUCCAGCAGAACCUGGGCGAGGCGUCCACUCAGGCUGACCUGCUGGAGAACAUCUGGAAACUGGAGAAUCUCUUCCACAACCACAGCGACUGGCUGCAGCGGCUGGAGAUUCUCAUCAAGGGCCUGGAACUGGAGCUGAGGACCAUGCAGGCUCACUCCCUCCAGUCAGAGGGCUACCUGGUGCAGCUAGACGACAGGUUGUCCUCCCUGAGCAGCUCCGCCAGCAGGAACCUGACGGGCUUGAAUGCAGAAGUGUCUCGAGCCUCAACCUGGCUCCAAGACCAGAACCUCCUAGUCAGGGAAACUUCGGGACAGGUGAGCAGACUAAGAGAGAAACUGGACGAGGUCAACUGGACGGUGGGAGCUGUCAAUCACACCGUCAGCAAUGACAUCAGUGUUCACCACCUGAAGAUACAAGACUUGCAGAUCCAGAUCAGCAACAUUACAGAGGACACCAGCAGUUUAUGGGUGACCCACGUCCACACGGAGGCCCAACUGAGGAACGAGAUGGAGAUCCUCAACACAAUCACAGAGGACCUUCGCCUGAAGGACUGGGAGCACUCCCUGGCCCUGAAGAACCUCACCAUAUUCGAAGGACCUCCAGGGCCAAAGGGAGAGAAGGGUGAUACUGGACCACUUGGGGCCCCCGGGGCUCCUGGGCUGACAGGCUUAAGAGGUGGGUACAACCAGACCAACAAGAUCUCCAACCUCAACAACAGAAUAGGUCGGUUUACAGGAGAAAAAGGGAUCCAGGGAAACCGGGGAAUUAAAGGGUCGGCUGGACGUGACGGUUUUCCAGGAGAAAAAGGAGACGUUGGCCCUUCUGGUCCCAGAGGUGACAGAGGAGACAGAGGGUUCAAGGGGGAGAAGGGCGACCGAGGAGACCGAGGAGAGAAAACAGGUAAGAAAGAAAACAUGGAGGAGACCCUGGUGCGGCUGGUGAACGGGUCGGGUCUUCAUGAAGGUCGCGUGGAGGUCUUCCACGAACGCCGCUGGGGGACGGUGUGUGACGACGUCUGGGAUAAAAAGGACGGAGACGUGGUGUGCAGGAUGCUCGGAUACAGAGGAGCCGCGGAGGUCCAUAAGACCGGGCGCUUCGGACAGGGUACUGGUCUGAUCUGGAUGGAUGACGUAGCGUGUGUCGGGAACGAGGACACCAUCCACCAGUGCAAGUUUUCAGGCUGGGGCAAAACCAACUGCGGCCACGUGGAGGACGCCGGCGUGACGUGCCUCGUCUAAAACCUUCCUGAUCCUGAUUCACUGCUGCAGCUUCUCCUCAAACACUGCCUUAAACUCCUAAAAAGCUACAAGUUGCACAACGUCCCGCCCUCGCCCAGAGGAGUCACAUUAGCAAAACCUCCACGUUGUGCAUGAACUAAAUCUGCAGCUUUUUCAAGAGACAAGACUGAAUGAUGGGAGCAAAGAAAAUGCACAGAUUUUCAAACUUUGAGCAACCAUAAGAGCUGGAGAUGAUCGCACGACAGGACUGAAUUUCAGAGCUCGUCUAUCUUCUAUGAAGGCUGAAAGUCCGCUUCCCAUCAGCCCUCGGAGGCUCGUCUGGGGUCAGAUUUGCAGUUUCGACCUCCAGUGUGGAUUAGAAGUUCAUCACUCCAGAGUCUUAAUUCGUCUCCAAGUUUUCUGAGGAGCUGAAACAUAGCUGGCACAUAAAGAAACUGACUGAGAAACUGAUUCUUCAUCUACAGGCAGCUGUUCUUCACGGUAUUCUGCAGCAAUGGCUUUUGAGUGAUGCUAAACAUACACAGUGUUGCCUUAUUAUGCAUCAUAUAGCGUUACUUAGUGAGCAGCAGUUUGAUGGUUUGCAGGUCAAAAGCUGGCGAGUUCAAACUUGAGUUUUCUGUAAACAAAGAACAGUUGAGUGUUACUCACAAAAACACAUUGUGUAUCCUGUAGCUCUAACAAGUGUUAAGUACAUUUCCUUCCUCAUAAAACAUUUGCAAACCUGAUUUUUUUAAAAAUAUAUUUUAAAACAAGCUUUUUUUACAGCUUUGUUUGCAAGCAAGCAGUCUUCCAUCAGCACCGUUCCCAUUCCGUUUUUUCAGUAUAUCAACAUUAUGUGCCCUGCAAGAAAACAACAGUCUCUUUUGCAGGUUUCCAUGUCGAUUUACACUCAAAUUUUUCACUGUGAUACGACAAACUUGCAACUUCCCAAAUGCAGAUAAUUGUAGACUCAGUCUGUCUUCAAAACGUUGUGCCCUCUGACCCCGUCACAUCACUUUACUGCCCAUGCUUUUCCUGCGUGCAUUCUCAUCCAAACUCAUCAGACACCUAUGCAUCAUGACCCUCAGCAUCUCAUACUUUGCUUCGGUUUUGGCCUCCGAUCAGCCUUGAGCAGACCAUCUUGCUAUCUAUCUACUUGACUACAUUUUGAGGCAAAUAUUGUACUUUUUACUUCACUACAUUUAGCUGACAGCUUUAGUUACUUUUCAGGUUGAAAUUGAACAUAAAAACAUGAUACAUUUGAAGUGAUUAGACUUUUUUUUUUAAUCAAACCUUAUUACAGUAAAUUAAGUGGUUAAAAUGAGCCCUAUUUUUUACAAAAUUAAAAUGCUGCUUACAUAAAAGCAUCAAUGAUAACAAUCCAAUAAUAUUACAAUCUCAGUGGGUCCAUUCUGGACAAUGGGUACUUUUACUUUUGAUACUUUAAGUACAUUUUGAUGCUGAUACUUUUCUACUUUUACUUCAGUCAGUUUUGAAUGCAGGACUUUUACUUGUAGUGGAGUAAUUUCACAGUGUGGUUUUAGUACUUUUACUGAAGUAAGAGAUCUGAAUACUUCUUCCACCACUGAUCUUAUGUCAUUUAAUCGAAGCGUUGAAUAUUAACACAUAUGGGUUUACUUUGCAAUCAAAGGAAAGCCCUGUGCAUCUCAAAGACACAUGCACAGGUUGCCUUGUGCAUCUGUAUCACACGAUGUUAGGAGUGAGACUGUGCUGUCAUAUUCUGUCUAACAGGAUCCUGCAGGAUCUAUGAGGCAUAAGCAAAUGCAUAGUUAAAAGCAAAAAGCAAGUAUAUCUUCAGCUUUAAGCUCAACAUUUAGACAUCUUUUAACCUGCAAAUCACCAAAUCAAUCUUUACUGUGUGCUAUAUAUUUUUUUUAAAUGAAAACAGGGAAAAAAAUGCAAAUAUCAAAUAUUUUUCAACUGAUUAUCAGGUCACUGCAGCUGACAGAUGCAGUGAUUAGGAAGAAGAGAGAACAGAUGUGUAUAAACAGAUGGACACCAGCAACAGUCAGUGUUUACUGCCAAACGUUUGGCUGUUUCAGCAUAAUGCAUAUGUAUGUAUAUGCACACACACACACACA